UCAAUUCACCUGAAGGAAGCAAUGCAUAAUAUAACCUACAACCCUCAGGAUGAAUCCGUGCGCUUCCUCUGUGACAUAGUCGGUCAGCCGAUUCCUAACAUCACUUGGUAUCGCGGCAACAAGCGCAUCAGGCCGGAUGAUGGCCGCGGAAAGUAUCGCAUCAAACCGAAACUCUGGGGUACAGCGCCGAGCGACAAGACGACUCACCUCUUCUGCCUGGCUAAUAGGCUAAGUUGCUCUACCGUUGAUUUUUACGACCUAUUUGGCACCUCAAUGAAGGCUGCCUCUUUGCCCUCGAGACCCCGGCUACGCAUAAAGAACCCCACCCCAGAGGACUUUGGGGAAUACACCUGCGCUGCUGAAAAUGCUGGAGGAAAGCGCUCCACAACAGCCUGGUUAUUACCCCAACAAAGACAGAAAGCGAGGGUGAAAUUUCUGGAGUCGCCAAAACGACUGAUGUCAGUGGGAUUUCUAGAGCCCAUUUCAAGUCUUGCCGCCUCACAUUACAAAUUCGUGUGUGGUGUAUGCGGUCUAGCACGAGCAUAA